AGAAGACAGAAACUAAAAAAAUAUUGAUGACAAGUUUGAAGUUUCCCGAUUUUAUCAGUUUCCAAGUUUUACGACUUCAUGAAUGGCCUUGUAAAAUAGAAAAAAUACUUAGAUACUUGCGCUUACUUAUUUUUUGUUGUACCAAGCAGUACGUAAUUUUUCUCGAUGUCAUAACAAAUCAGCAUAAAUUUGUCGUUGUCAUGAAGUUAGCAUUUGUUUGAAUCAUAUAAAGGUGUUCGUCGAAAAGUUUCCUUAACACUCAAGUGCGGCCUUUCAAUACUGUUAAUGAAUAUUUGUUUAACUAUAAACAGGUUAUGUUUUAAUAGUAAAGUUAAAAAUCUAUGUGUUUCGCAUCUUUACAUUUAUAAUAUAUUUUUCGCGAGAAUGGGUUUACUUACCGAGGGAAGUCCAUUGACUUGGGAAGAAACGAAAGCUCUAGCAGAACAUGUUCGGCAACACGGCGUAGAACAAUUUAUUAAUUUGUAUAAAAAACUAAGGGACCGAACCGGUGAUGUGCUUAAAUGGGGUGAUGAAGUUGAAUACAUCGUAGUGAAAUUUGACGAUGAAAAUAAACGGGCUACAGUCAGCCUAAGAGCUGCUGAAUUACUUCCUGAACUACAAAAGAAAGAACUUGAAGAUCCUGAAAAUGCCAAAUCUCUUUGGCGUCCAGAAUAUGGAGCAUAUAUGAUAGAAGGAACUCCAGGAAAACCAUAUGGAGGACUUCUAGCACAUUUCAACAUUGUGGAGGCAAAUAUGAAGUUUCGCAGAGCUGAAGCAAGUACUUUAUUGAAAGAUGGAGAAGUUAUUAUGAGUAUUACUAAUUUCCCAAGGUUAGGCUGUCCAGGGUUCACAAGUCCGCCAUACACACCGACACCAAACAGUGGUGUAUCUUUGUCACGCUUCUUUCCUGAUGAAGCGAUAUAUCCUGGACAUCCUCGUUUUAAGACAUUGACUUCGAACAUAAGGGAGAGACGAGGCGAAAAGAUGGAAAUCAAUUUACCUAUUUACCGCGAUGUUAAUACCAAGAUACCUGUAGAUAAUUACCACGAGCUUGAUAAGGGAUUUGCGAAGCCUGACUGCGUCUACAUGGAUGCGAUGGGCAUGGGUAUGGGAUGCUGUUGUCUUCAGUUGACAUUUCAGGCGUGUUGUAUUACUGAAGCGAUUACGUUAUACGAUCAACUGGCACCACUUUGUCCUAUAAUGUUGGCCUUAUCAGCGGCCUCGCCGGUCUACCGCGGUUUCCUCACAGAUGUCGAUUGUCGUUGGAACGUAAUCUCUGGGUCAGUGGACUGUCGCACGCGGGAAGAGCGUGGCCUCGAACCGUUGAAGAAUAACAAAUUUCGCAUACAGAAAUCCAGAUAUGACUCGAUUGAUUCAUAUCUGUCAGCUGAGCAUGAAAAAUACAAUGAUAUACAAAUAGUUCACGAUCCGAAGAUUUAUCGUCGUCUGCGUGAAGGUGGAAUUGAUCAUCCUCUAGCAAUGCACGUAGCACAUCUCUUUAUACGAGAUUCGGUUUCACUUUUCUCCGAAAAGGUUCAUCAGGAUGAUGAAAAUGACACAGAUCACUUUGAGAACAUCCAAUCAACCAAUUGGCAGACUAUGCGCUUUAAACCGCCCCCACCGAACUCCCGCAUCGGGUGGAGAGUGGAAUUCCGGCCUUGCGAAGCUCAGUUGACCGACUUUGAAAAUGCGGCGUACGUCUGCUUUGUUGUACUGUUGACAAGGGUCAUACUGUCCUAUAGACUUAACUUUGUGAUGCCUAUAAGUAAGGUGGAUGAGAAUAUGCAACGCGCGCAACGACGUGGUGCGUGUACGCAACAGAAGUUUUGGUUCCGUAGGGACGUGCGCUCGCCCGACGUAGACGCGUACGCUGAGAUGACAAUCGAUGAGAUUGUCAAUGGAAAGGAUGGCGUAUUCCCUGGUCUGAUCCCGUUAAUCGAGUCAUACCUAUCUGGUAUGGAUGUGGAUGCAGACACACAUUGUUCAGUACAGCAAUACCUGAAGCUCAUACAGCGGAGGGCGUCUGGUGAAAUUUCAACUAUGGCCACCUGGAUCAGACAGUUUGUCACCUCACACCCGGAAUACAAAAAAGACUCGGUGGUGUCGGAGAAAAUAAAUUAUGACCUCUUAAAAACUGCGCACGGAAUUCAAACUGGGGCAAUCCCGGCGCCAACAUUACUUGGAGGAAGCAAUGUUUCCAAAACCAAUGAUGACAUUCCAACAGCAUUCAAAGAAUGUCCAUAGAUACUUAGAUUUAGGAGUUGCCGCAAACUCUUAAAGUAUUUCAGUGGUUCUCACGCGCAGUGUUUUCAGAUUAGACAAAAAAUUUCGUUACAAAUAGUUUAUGUAAUAACAAGGAAUAUUUUAUUUUUAUCAAUUCUGAGGGUAGAAAGAAGUACCCUCUCAUUUCAUACAAAAAGUUGUUUGACGUUUAUUUUCCAAUAGUUAUUUUAUAUAAAACUGUACGUAACGGUUAAUGAUUUAAUAAUUAAAAAAAUUAAAUAGGUAUAUUAGAAAAAUAUUUUAAUUUAAAUAUGUACUGUAUUUUUAUUAUAUAACUGUAAUUUUGCUGGCAACAUUACCCGAUCUGGAAGCACUGCUACCAGUGCCUUCUCUUUUUUUUCCAAAAACUUUGAUACUUUUUUAUAAUCUUGUCAAUUGUCAUAUUGGUGAAUAUUAAAUUAUUUUAAUAUGUCUGACUAUCCGAAUUCUUAUUUUCAUAGAAACUAAAUUAAAUUUUUCUAUUCGAUUUCGACAAAACAGUGAGUUUGACAAAUUAAACGAGAUUUAUAAGUGGUAUGUGCAAACACAGAGAUACUUUGCAAUAUGUGUGCGUAAUAUAAAAUUGUGGUCACGUGAUCAUUUUCAUUUAAAUGGAAUCAUGCCAGGUAAAGAUAUGUCGCAGCCAACUAACUUAAUUAGCCGUUUAAUUAACAGCCUAGCCUUUUAACUAACGGCCUGAAAGAUGUUCAGGUAGUUGAUCAAACAUUUAGGCGAAUGACUUGGAUCGAUGAUGUUUCCUUACUUGUCUAGCCUCUUGACUGUUCAUUUAAAUUUAAUUCCACUUUCUGCCAU